GUGAUUUCUAAUGCUCGCGUUUCAUUCCAGAUAUAUGGCCAUUGUGAAUCCUCUGAGGCGGCGUAUGGGGAAAAAAGCAACUCUGUGCGUUGCGAUUAUUAUAUGGAUCGUUGGAGCGAUCCUCUCCCUGCCGAUGCUGCUCUUCUACACUACUUAUACCCAAAACUUUAUGAAUGGCGAGGUCCGCGUCAUUUGCUACAGCGAUUGGCCAGACAGAGACGACGACGGGCUCAGUUACGACGAAUAUCUGUACAAUGUCGUCUUCAUGAUAUUGACAUACUUUUUACCGAUCGGAUCCAUGACGUUCACGUACGCCAGAGUUGGUCUGGAAUUGUGGGGCUCGCAAAGUAUCGGGGAAGCUACAGCGAGGCAGCUCGAGAAUAUUCGAAGCAAACGAAGGGUACGUAUCGCACAUUGAGUAAUUAAUAUCCGUGCCUAGUCAGACGUGAAAAUCGCUUUCAUUUUAUCAUCAACUUGGCAUCACGAUUUAAAGAAGGAGAAACGCAAAGUCACUUGCGCGGUCAAGGGAGCGAAGUUUGCUCCCCAUCUCUUUACCUCUCGACGAUAAUCUUUUGUUAAAAAGAACCUCACGCAUCGUUUAAUCUGUGAAUAACAAAACGAAUGUUAAUUACUCCAUUUCCAGUGACACUUGAAUAAUUAAACCGUAUCGUCAUAUCGUACUCGCAGUAUAUCUAUACGCGAAGCGAUAGUCUGCUAUAGCAAUAAUGCCCUUUGUUAUUUCGUGACCCUCGAAAUUUAGCCAAAACCGAGCACACUAGCCGUCUCGGUUAAUGAAUUCUGGAUAAUUUCCGUUCACGUUUUAGUCGUUCGUCGUACGCGCGAAACAAGCAUAGAAACGCGCGAGCUACUUGCCGAAUGCUAAACAAAUCAUAUUUCUUAUUGUACCGUGACUGGAGCUUAUCGUAAUGACGUCAUUUGAUAAAUAGCAUCGUGCAGCAAAGAACUGCGGAUGGAGAUGUACGAUGCGUUCCGCUCUAUCAUCGUCCUUCGUAUCGUAUCGGUAUCUCCAAUCUCUCGUUCGCUUCAGGUGACUCAUCAAGAUAGUCGCGACCGCUUAAUGGCCUUUGGAAAGAACGAUAACGCAUUCGUUAUUGUUCGACUGAGGCGUUACACAAGACUGCAACAUUAUUAAAUCAUAGCGUGGGGUCAUAAGAUCCUAUUACAAUCAUAAUAUCCAUCGAACGUGGAAAUAUGAGAGAACAUACGCGAUCGACAUUAAGAUUCACAUGAAACGAUAAUAUCCCGCGUAAACUUGGCUUAUCGGCGCUGCUUUAG